CAGUGUUAGCUUAAAAUUGUUUUUAUUUAUUUUUUAUUGUACAUAUUUUAUGUAGCCUAUUGUAGUUUUAUCCUGUAUUUCUUUUUAUAUCAUUUUAAUUAUAGCUUCUUUAUUCUAUUUUGCACACACUUUUUUAUUAUACAUUUUAAUAUUAUUAUUUUAAAUGUAUUUUUCCUGUUGCACUGUUAUUGAUCUAUUUUACGAUUUAAUUAUUGUUUUAAUAACACUUUUUGUGUUUUACCCACACUAGAGUAGUGUAAUAGAAUUAGGACAAGUGCUAUAAAUAAAUAUGAUGGGAAAUAUUCUGAAUCUACAUUUCUACAUUGAAACGUUUUUUUUUAAUUAUUGUUGUUUGUUUGUUUACUCAUUUAUUUAGUUAGUUAUUGAGCAUGAUUUUAUAUAUUACAGAAUUGUAGAACUUUUCUAUAUUCCAUUAAUAGUACUUUAGAUAUUUGUACCUUUAUUCUUUCUAUUUUGUCUAUGCUUUUUAUAAUAUAUGUUAUAUUGUUAUUAUUUUCUUCUAUCUGAAGUUCUAACUGAACUAUUAUUAUAUUAUUAGUCGACUAUUUGAGUAUUUUGUUUCUUUAUUUCUCUAUCGUUGUUUUUUUUUUGUUUGUUUGUUUGUUUUGCUUCCCACUGUAAAGCACUUUGAGUUAUAUUUUAAGUCAUUAAACAAGGGGACAAGGAAAGAUGUAAUUCAUUAAAAAAAAAUAGUUUACAAUUUAUCUAUAAAAACAGAAUCCCAAGAAGUGAAAACAGAAACGUGUGUGAAUGCUGUAACAGGACAUCCCGAGAAAAACUGUUUAAAAUUAAGAAGUGACUUUCUUCAGACUCCAAACCUGAUUUAAAGAAGUUUAGAACAUCUUAACAGAUAUAUAUAUAUACAUAUAUUGUAUUAUAUUCCUAAUAUGAAUUGGCCAGUUUCAGUGUUACAGAUGUGGCAUUUGAACCCUUGUUGACUCGUGUCUCAUUGUCUGAGUCAUUAAGACUUCAAGUACACUACAAGAGACAAGAGAAUGAUAAAUGUUUUGCAUAUACAUUAGAUAAAUAUGGUUGGAACAGGUUUGAAGUGGUUCUUGACAGGAUGUAGAGGUGAUAUGGUUAAACAGUUCAUUUUUCUGUGGAACGAUCCGGACCGAAGUGGAUGAUUGGAAAGCAUAUUAUUUAAUAUGUUAUAUUGUCCUGUAUAUGUUUUUGGUGAUAACUUGGUAUGUUUGUUGUUAUUCUAUAGUCGGCGGGAGACGUGACCACGCUGGGCUGGGGAACACGCGUCAAGGCUUUUAUCGCCUGCUUUGUCUUGGGAGUCGUCUGUUCCAUCCUGGUAAGCUGAUUCAGAGUCUAAAGUUGUUUUACAUGGGAUACUACAUGAACCAGCAUGGUUUGGAAGCUUAUCAAGAAAGGAAAAGGAGUUUUAACACUUUUAUCUGUUUUUAUAUUUUAUUUACCCUCCUUAGUCUGAUUAAAGAACUGUCAACAAACUUUGAUGUCAACAUGAUGUUUAAAGACACAUGGACAGAAUGGAAAGUUCAGACUAGAUAUCUCAUCCGUUCAGAAUCUGUGGCUCUAGGAUCGUGUUUGCUCUGGGUUCCUAAAAAAGGACUGAUCUUGUUCGCCGUCUUCUACACCUUUGGCAACAUUGCCUCGCUCCUAAGCACCGUGUUUUUGAUGGGGCCGUUGAAUCAGCUGAAGAGGAUGUGUGACAAGACGAGAGCGCUGGCGACGGCCGUCAUGAUCACGUGCCUUGUGUUGACACUUUGCUCUGCAUUUUGGUGGCAAAACAAAGGCCUGGCCGUGCUCUUCUGCAUCCUCCAGUUCCUGGCUUUAACUUGGUACAGCUUGUCAUAUAUUCCAUUUGCAAGGGACGCGCUGAUUAAGAUGUUCUCCAUGUGUUUGAAGUGAUGUGUAGUGGCGUGUGGAGCUCGGACCUCUCUCGCCCAACCGUUCUCCCUCUCCCUCUCUUCCUCUCCCUCUCUCUUUCUCGGCGCCUGAUCUCGCUUCAGCUCUGCUACGCCCUGAGUGCCCGCUGCUAGUGCCCACUCGAGCGCCCACUCUAUUGCCUGACACACACACACACACACACACACACACGCGCACACACACACACACUGCAGGUGUGCGUUUCCUCUCCUGAUGCUUGGCUGCUCUCCAGGAAUGUGUAUGAACACACAUAUUCUCUUUUACAAGUAGGUGAAGGAAUCAGACGUGAAUUUAAUACGACUCAGAGGUGCAUUAGGUAAAAGUUUGUAGGGGGAAAAGGUUUCUAACAGUUCAAUGGGUUGAAUAAGAUUUGAAUGAUUUUUUAUUUUUUUUUAAACUCACUGAGCCCACCCCUAUUUCCACCCCUGAGCUCAGCUCUCAAAACUUACAUCGGUUCAACUGGAGUUAGCAUGUUAACUAGAGUUACCAUUCAAGCUCACUCAGACAUUGUGCUGCCCGAAAACUGAAAGUUACAACUCCUAACAUAUAAACAGAUAAAACAUGCAAAAUUCUCAUAAUGAUUCAAGAGAAUGUGAAGGGGCGUUGGGGGCGUGUCUAUAAUAUGAUUGACAAGAGGACAAAUCCAAGUACAAACAACCAUCCUGGACCAGAAGGCAGGUUUCCAAACUUUUUUUUUUUUUUAAUCAGCUACAUUUGUUCUGUGAAAAUGGCUUCAGCUAUUAUUUUUGUAAUCAUUUCUACAUAAUUCUGCCUAUUAUUUGUAGUAGGAAGACAUGAAGAAUAUUGGCUAUUGCAGCUUUAAAGCGCACCUAUUAUGGUUUUGAAACGUGCCUAAUUUUGUUUUAAAGGUCUCAUACAAUACAUUUACAUGCAUCCAAGAUAAAAAAAAAAACACUUUAAUGUGCUCAUAAUUUAAACUGCAGCAUUACCUUUUUUCCCCCAGUGUCACAAACGACUCGUUAAAUGAUUCAUUCUAAACUCCCCCUGUCAGAGAACAUACUCUGCUCUGAUUGGUCAGACAUCCCAGUCUGUUGUGAUUGGUCCACCGCUGUCAGCGAGCAGCCGAUGAAGAUCAGAGGCGGGGCUUUUUGUUACAAACCUACCUAGGUUAGUACAGGAAGUAAAGUCUGGAAUUACUAACGACUCAUCUCAGCUGUUCAGAAUCGAUUCCUUCUUUUGGGAGUCAAUAACUCUGUCGUGCGCUUUGAUUUUUUAAACUUCAGACUUUUUAAAUUCAAAAACAGCUUUAUAACACACUACAUGAAAGGUAAUAUUUCAUAAACCAUAAUAGGUGCACUUUAAAUUGCGAUGUGUGGUGUUGUCAAAAAUUGACAAGAAGAUGCCUUUAUAAUUUAAUAGAGAUCAUUUUUAGAAAUAGUAUAAAGGUUACUGUAAAGUUGUUGGGUUUUUUUUUUGUAACCAGCCAUGUUUUGGUCAUAACAUUUUAACAUGGUAACCACUUUUAGUUCUUGGAUUAGAUUACAUUAAAUUAGAUUAAGCCUAUCCCUGGAUUGAAUUAUUUUAUAAAUCUGGAUACUUGAGAUUGAAUUUAACACUCAACAUUUGUUGGGGUUUUUGGUUGUUUGUCUGUUUGUAUGUUUUUGACAUUUUUUUGUCAUUUUUGUUACCGAAGAUUUCUUAAUCAUCCUGUUGUUUUCUCUGUUUACAUAACUGAAUUCUGCUCAUAUUAUUUCUACAUGUUAUACAUUUCCACAAAGCUUUGUUUUUGUUUUUUUGUUGUUGUUGUUGAUCACUGUUUUUUUUUUUGUUUGUUUGUUUUUUUUGUUUUGUUUUUUUUGUUUUUUUUAACUGCUGGUCUUUCCAGGCUAUAAUAAUGUGUUUGAGUUUUAAGCUGACAUGGGAAGAGUCAGUCAGCAUUUCCCGUGUGUGCUACGAAGCAUGAAAAUUGUGUGUGAGAGACUUAAAAACAAAAAGUAGCCUGUGUUGUAAAAGGUCAUGCACAAAAUGGAUGCUUGAAAUUAAGCCUAUAUUACAAUUUCAGAAGAUAAUACUAUAAUUUCCUCAGCAGUGCAUUAGUUUUGAAGCUAAACAGCUCCGGAAACACAUCAUAAUCAUCCACAAGUAGAUUUCUGUUUCUGUACUAUGAUCUUGUCAUGAUGUUGAAGAGAUUUGUCAUGCCUUUUUUUUUUUUUUUAAAGUAAUAUGUUACUUUUACAUUUCUGAUGAGUGCCUGGAUUUUCCAAUAAUGUCAACAGGGUUAUCUUGUGUCUUGUGUUACAGCUUUUAGUUUGCCUCGUGUUAUUUAAUGAUUAACCUACUGUCUAUUGAGGCUCACUUUCUGUGCUGUAGGAUACUAAAACAUUUCCUCUGUUGUAUACGUGUGAAAUGUGUCUGAUGUUACCAGUUGCAGCCCUUAUGAACAAAUAUCAUUAAAAUCUUAUUUAAGUCUG